UUGGAUCUUUCAAAAGUUGAGCGGACUGCCAACAAAACCACAAAUGCGAUCUGUUAUCCUCUGUUUGCUGUACAUGACAUUGUAUUGGUAGAAGAGAGCGGCUUGGCCUAUCGAUACACCGUUGAGAGUUAACACUCCAUAGAUAACACAGCUGAGGUGACUACUGAUCUGAGGAAAAGAAGGAGGAACCGAGUUCUCUGUGUGGAGCAUCGCUUUCAGAGCUAAUAUCUGGUAGGGUCUCUAUUAAAAACAUGUCCUUUAUUACGGGUGGCCACUCGGAUGAGCGAGUGAUUGCUCAAGCGGCUCUCGACGCUGCCGAUGAGCAACUGCAAUCUUUGGUGGCGAGUCAUGCUGGGACCUUUGUGUCCGUCCAACGCCGUGGGCAGGCUCUGGAGGCGGCAUUGAAGGAAUUGCUGGCUUCGGUGAAGAAUGUGGCCUCGCAGAUGGACACUGCGCAACAAUCAUUGGAACAAGACGAAGAUCAAGAGGAAUCAUUGGCAGCUCUCUCGGAGCGUCAUCGUGUGCGACGAAGGACGCUUCUUCAGCACUCUUCUCUGUUGGAACUCUUGGAGUUGCCAUCGCUCAUGGAUGCCUGUGUGCGGUCCAAUUUGUACGAAGAAGCACUCAGUAUUGCCACCUUUGCCAACACUCUGGAGCGACGCCAUACGGAGAAAAAUGUCGUGGUCGACCGUGUCAUUGCACAAAUCCGAUCGCGACAAUCCGAUUUGCGCCGUCAUCUACUCUUUCGAUUGAAGGGUCAUGUCACCAUGCCCCAGUGCCUCGAGGUGGUGACCGCUCUACGACGAUUGAAUUCUAUCGACCUCGAAAGCACCGGCGAAGAAAACUUGGAUCGCGUCCACAAAUCCAUGGAAUUGAGAUUGCAAAUUGAUUUUUUGGAGGCACGAGAUGCCUGGUUGGAGGCAACCAAUGCAUCUUCCAAUGUGGCUCCCAUUGCCAAAGUACCCGUGGGAUCUUCCGAACAGCUACUUGAUACCAUUGAACGUUAUCGAACAAGGAUGUUUGAGGUGGCGACUCAAUACAAUGCCAUUUUUAGAGCCCAAACCAAAGCGCCCGGGGGAUCAACAUCGCUUCUCAGCAUGUGGACAUCACGUCGGGUACACUCGUUUCUAACCAUGUUGUCGGGACAAAUGCUUAUGAUGGAAGAUGCCGGGGCACUUCGUGAUGCCCUAGAGGCCAGUGUCUUUUUCUCCACUUCCAUGGGAAGGUUGGGUGCGGAUUUUACGGCUCAAUUGCCACCUUUGUUUGAAGCUCGCAUGCAGACGCUCGUCGAACAGGCGUGGAAGGAGGUACCGCUGCACUUGGAAGAAACCCUCAAGGUAUGUCGUGAUGCGGGAGUGGCGGCCCCUUUGGUGAGUCAUAAUGUGCCCCCGGAGGCUUCGGCUGCCGCAACCGUGGAAGGACAGCCCAUGGCGCCGCCUCGAUCCCUCAUGGCACUCCCACCCCUGGCUCGAGUGGUCAAUGCGAUCCUUGUGGGAUUGAACGAUCUCCGACGUUGUCUUUUGCCCGGCAUCUUUACGCAAUUGCGAGGUGCACUCGAAGAGAAUAUCAAGGAGGUAAGAGCCAUUCUUUCGGCCAAUGAAAAGGCUGUGAAUUCCUCCACCAUUCGUGGCGAAAAACGAGAACUGAGGGAAGCAGCUUCCAAAAUGAGGACAACCUUCAAAGACUAUGUGGAACCCUACCUCCGUGGGUCUUUGGAAAUGGCUCUGGGUAACUUUGCCGCCGCAGAGGAGCAUUAUGAGCAGCUACGAAAGAAACAAGAAGAAUCGGAGAAAAAGGCCGAAGAGGAGAAAGCUGCAGCCGAUGCGGAAAAGCGAGAAGCGGAGGAAUCCAAAGAAGAGGAAGUCGUGGAAGGUGAUGCGGAAGAAACAGAACAGACACCUCCACCUGCCGAUACUAGUGCGGAUGCAACAACUAGCAACACGCCACCAGCGGAAGUUGAGGAUGCUGGUGCGACCAACACGGAUCCGCAAGAGUAGUGUGUUCCGAGACGACACAGCAAUGGUGGCCGGGGUGGAAGCCAUUCCAGACCCAACCCAUCCGAGCUGAGAAGAACAUCACAGAUACAUAAUCUAAUAGUUGCCUAAAAGUUUCAAGGUGUAGUAGGCGUUCUGUCUAAGCCCACGCCAGUCAAGUUUUUGCUGCUGCCGCGAUCUGGUAAGAUUGGGUCCUUAAAGUCAAAGAGUGUACACGAACACCUCCUAGCUCGAUAUGUGGGUGUACGACAAAUAAAUAUACAGAUCC